AUGCCGCCCGCUACCCGCGCUGCGCACGCGCGCGCGCCGCCAGCCGGGAGUUGCAGUUCUGUGACUGCCGGAAGGAAAAGUAAGGUCGGCCCCGCGAGAGGCGCCGAAGUAGAACUACAACUCCCAGGAGGAAGUGCGUGGUGCUGGGACUGUGGAGCUGCAGUGCCAGGCCUGAUUUAUCUGGUGUUGGGCGACGUGCGCUGGCGCCGCCUCUUCUCCUCCACCCACUUCUUCCUGCGAGUGGACCCCGGUGGCCGGGUGCAGGGGACGCGCUGGCAGCACGGCCAGGACAGUAUUGUUGAGAUCCGCUCUGUCCGUGUGGGUACUGUGGUGAUCAAGGCUGUAUACUCAGGCUUCUAUGUGGCCAUGAAUCGCAGAGGCCGCCUCUACGGGUCGCGGGUCUAUUCUGUGGACUGUAGGUUCUGGGAGCGCAUUGAGGAGAACGGCUACAACACAUACGCUUCACGACGCUGGCGGCACCACGGCCGACCUAUGUUCCUGGCACUGGAUGGCCAGGGCAUUCCCCGGCAAGGCAGGCGGACACGGCGGCCCCAACUAUCCACACACUUCCUGCCAGUGCUGGUCUCGUCUUGA